UCGAGUUCUGUGUGGUAUCUCAUAGAAAUCUUGGUUUUCAAAAGAGAAAAAAGAAAACCAGUAACCAUAAUUAUGCAUUCAAGUAAUGAGCGAUACCAAGUACCAACUGUGCCUCUCUUUGUUGAAUAAGUGCAAGACCCUCAAAAGUGUCCAACAAAUCCAAGCUAAUUUUCUUAAAACCGGCGUGGAUACUGAUCCUUUCGUCGCCGGAAAGUUGAUCCUUCAUUGCGCAGUGUCAAUCUUCGAUGCCCUCCACUACGCCGGUCGGCUCUUGCUUCAAACUCCUAACCCAGAUGCCUUCAUGUACAACACACUCAUUCGGGGUCUCUCUGAGUCCGGUACGCCUCAAGAUGCUAUUACUACGUUCAUUGAAAUGCGCCGGAGUUCAAUUGCACAUCUUGAUAGCUUCUCCUUCGCUUUUGUCCUUAAAGCUGCCGCCAAUUUCAGAUUUUUAAGAGUUGGAAUGCAGUUACAUUGUCAAGCGUUGGUGCAUGGCCUUGAUAACCAUAUCUUUGUUGGUACUACUUUGAUUAGUAUGUACGCUGAAUGUGGUGGCAUUGAGUUUUCACGGAAAGUGUUCGAGGAAAUGCGUGAACCAAAUGUAGUUGCUUGGAACGCGAUGCUUACGGCUUGUUUUAGGGGUGGGGAUAUGGAGAAUGCAGCUAGAGUGUUUGAUCGGAUGCCACUGAGAAACCUGACCUCUUGGAAUGUGAUGCUCGCUGGAUACACAAAAGCAGGGGAGCUUGAGCUUGCAAGGAAGACAUUUGUGGAGAUGCCAAUGAAAGAUGAUGUCUCCUGGAGUACAAUGAUUGUUGGGUUCGCUCAUAGUGGGUGUUUUGACGAGGCUUUAGGGUUUUAUAAGGAGCUGGGAGAGGUGGGAAUGACGCCGAAUGAGGUAAGCUUGACUGGAGUGCUCUCUGUGUGUGCACAAGCAGGGGCAUUUGAAUUUGGGAAAAUCAUUCAUGGGUUUAUAGAGAAAGCGGGCUUUAACUGGCUUGUUUCGGUGAAUAACGCACUGAUAGAUACAUACUCCAGGUGUGGGAAUGUGGCCAUGGCUCAGCUGGUCUUUGAGAGAAUGCCAGGAAAUAAAGACACUGUUUCUUGGACAACAAUGAUAGCCGGCCUGGCAAUGCAUAGUCAAGCACACGAAGCAAUACAACUUUUUCAUGAGAUGGAAAAGAGUGGAAAUACGCCUGAUGGUAUUACCUUCAUUUCUGUUCUUUAUGCUUGUAGUCAUGCUGGCCUGGUAGACCAUGGCUAUCAGUUCUUUCUUAGAAUUAAAGGCAAGUAUAACAUAGAACCAGCCAUUGAGCAUUACGGUUGUGUGGUGGAUAUGUAUGGUCGAGCAGGUAAGCUAGAUGAGGCCUAUGAAUUUGUCUGUCGAAUGCCGAUUUCACCUAAUGACAUUAUAUGGCGGACGCUUCUUGGAGCAUGUAGUAUCCAUGGUAAUGUUGAGUUGGCUGAGCAAGUAAAAGAACGGCUUUCUGAGCUAGAUCCAAACAAUUCCGGUGACGAUGUUCUAUUGUCAAAUAUAUAUGCCAUUUCCGGAAAAUGGAAGGAUGCUGCUGCUGUAAGAAGAUCAAUGACUACCCAACAGAUCAAGAAAACUCCUGGUUGGAGCAUGAUUGAAGUGGAUAAAAUAUUGUAUAGUUUCGCGGCUGGUUCUGGACAAAAUGAGAUUGCGGAAGAAGCUUACGAGAAGUUACAAGAGAUAAUGUCAAGGCUUAGGGUUGAAGGAGGCUACGUCCCACAGGUUGGGAGUGUUUUACAUGACAUAGAAGAUGAAGAAAAGGAAGAUUCAGUAUCUAAACAUAGUGAAAAGCUUGCAGUUGCUUUUGGGAUGGCAAGAUUGUGUGAAGGAAGGAUCAUAAGAAUAGUGAAAAACUUGAGGAUAUGCAGGGACUGUCAUAUAGUAAUGAAGUUGAUUUCUAAAAUUUAUGGAUUAGAGAUUGUGGUCAGAGAUAGAAGUCGAUUUCAUUCAUUUAGAGAUGGCUCUUGUUCAUGCAGAGAUUACUGGUAAGCUGAACAGUGAAUAGCAGCAAACUUUUACUGAAAUUGGUAAUGUUGAAAUUAUGCCUGGCCUCUCCCAAGUCCUCUAACUUAACAGGGCAUUGUACAAGUUUGCGCUCUUUUUCUUAAA